AUGGACACAGAAAGCAGCUCCACGUCCCCAGGCUAUGACUGGCGCAGGGAUCCCGACCCGGACCCCAGCUUCUCGCUGAUCGCGAACAUCUCGGCGCCCCACCCUUGCCCGCACACGCCGCCGCGCAGGCCUGUGCACCCUGCAACAUCAUCUUCCCUCCAGCCCUGGCUCUCCUACACAUCUCCGCCUCAGAUCGGCUGUCACCUCCUCCAGGAAGCCCGUACUGCUUCCCCCAGACCUGCUAUCUGCAGGGACGGGAGCGUCUCCUGGUUUAUCCCUGCCGGGCCGCCACCCGAGCAGCCCGGCGCAUCCGACCCUGUCUCUAGGCUGAGGGUACCCGAGGUACCUGGCGUCGCCCCCUUUUCUUCACCCCAGAUUCCUCGGCGGUCCAGGCUGCCGGGUGGGGAGCUGAGCUCGCGUCGGCUCACACAGCUCACGACUCUCCAACCCACCCCCCCAGGGCCAGUCAAGGAGUGCGAAAAGGACCAGUUCCGGUGUCGGAACGAGCGCUGCAUCCCCUUGGUGUGGAGAUGCGACGAGGACGACGACUGCUCAGACAACAGCGACGAGGACGACUGCCCCAAGAAGACGUGUGCGGACAGCGACUUCACCUGCGACAACGGCCACUGCAUCCCUGAGCGGUGGAAGUGUGACGGCGAGGAGGAGUGUCCCGACGGCUCCGAUGAGUCUGAGACCACUUGCACCCAGCAAGUGUGCCCUGCGGAGAAGCUCAGCUGUGGACCCACCAGCCACAAGUGUGUGCCGGCCUCGUGGCGCUGCGACGGAGAGAAGGACUGUGAGGGUGGAGCGGAUGAGGCCGGCUGUGCCACCUUGCUGGGGGCCUGCCGUGGAGACGAGUUCCAGUGUGGCGAUGGGACUUGUGUCCUUGUGAUCAAACGCUGCAACCAGGAACAAGACUGUCCGGACGGAAGCGAUGAAGCCGGCUGCCUGCAGGAGUCCACUUGUGAGGGUCCCCGCAGAUUUCAGUGUAAGAGUGGCGAGUGCGUGGACGGCGGGAAAGUGUGUGAUGCUCAAAAGGACUGCCAGGACUGGUCGGAUGAGCUUCUGAAAGAGUGUGUUGCACCAACAUUCCGGGGAAACAGGAGGCGGCCCAGGGGACUGAAUGAGUGUCUGCACAACAAUGGCGGCUGCUCCCACAUCUGCACUGACCUCAGGAAGGGCUUUGAGUGCUCGUGCCCGGCAGGCCUCCGUCUUCUGGACCAGAAGACCUGUGUCGACAUAGACGAGUGUGAGGACCCAGAUGCCUGCAGCCAGAUCUGUGUGAAUUACAAGGGUUACUUCAAGUGCGAGUGCCACCCUGGCUACGAGAUGGACUCACUGACCAAGAGCUGCAAGGCUGUGGCUGGCAAGAGCCCGUCCCUGAUCUUUACCAACCGGCACGAGGUGCGGAGGAUAGACCUGGUGAGGCGGGAUUACUCACGUCUCAUCCCUAUGCUCAAGAACGUUGUGGCGCUAGAUGUGGAGGUUGCCACCAAUCGCAUCUACUGGUGUGACCUCUCCUACCGCAAGAUCUACAGUGCCAACAUGGACAAGGCCAGCGACCCAGCAGACCAGGAGGUCCUCAUUGAUGAGCAGCUGCACUCUCCAGAGGGCCUGGCGGUGGACUGGGUCCACAAGCAUAUCUACUGGACAGACUCUGGUAAUAAGACCAUCUCAGUGGCCACACUUGAUGGUCGCCGCCGAUGCACUCUCUUCAGCCGCGAGCUCAGUGAACCCCGGGCUAUUGCUGUUGACCCCCUGCGAGGGUUCAUGUAUUGGUCUGACUGGGGGUACCAGGCCAAGAUUGAGAAGUCUGGGCUCAACGGUGUGGACCGGCAAACACUGGUGUUAGACAAUAUCGAAUGGCCCAACGGAAUCGCCCUGGAUUUGCUGAACCAGCGUUUGUACUGGGUGGACUCCAAGCUGCAUCAGCUGUCCAGCAUUGACUUCAGUGGAGGCAACAGAAAGAGGCUGAUUUUAUCCCCUGAUUUCCUGAGCCACCCUUUUGGGAUAGCUGUGUUUGAGGACAAGGUGUUCUGGACAGACCUGGAGAACGAGGCCAUUUUCAGUGCAAAUCGGCUUAAUGGACUAGAAAUCUCCAUCCUAGCUGAGAACCUCAAUAACCCACAUGAUAUCGUCAUCUUCCAUGAGCUGAAGCAGCCAAGAGGUGAAGAUGCCUGUGAGCUGAACACCCAGCCCAAUGGAGGCUGUGAGUACCUGUGCCUUCCUGCUCCUCAGAUAUCCAGCCACUCUCCCAAGUACACAUGUGCCUGUCCUGACACGAUGUGGCUGGGCCCAGACAUGAAGAGGUGCUACCGAACACCUCCAUCUACCUCAACUACGACUUUAGCUUCUACUACGACAAGGACAGUAGCAGCCACCACAAGAGCCCCUGGAACCACUGUCCACAGCUCCACCUACCAGAACCAUACUACAGAGACACCAAGCCUGACAGCUACAAUCCCAAGUUCAGCUAGUGUCUCCAGGGCUCCCAGCAUCAGCCCGUCUACCCUAAGCCCUGCAACCAGCAACCACUCCCAGCACUAUGGAAAUGAAGGUAGCAAGAUGGGCUCAACCGUCACUGCUGCUGUCAUUGGGAUCAUUGUGCCCAUAGUGGUAAUAGCCCUGCUGUGCUUGAGUGGCUACCUGAUCUGGAGAAACUGGAAACGGAAGAACACCAAGAGCAUGAAUUUUGACAACCCAGUCUAUAGGAAAACAACGGAAGAAGAAGAUGAAGAUGAGCUCCACAUAGGGAGGACUACUCAGAUUGGCCAUGUCUACCCUGCAGCAAUCAGAAGCUUUGAUCGCCCACUGUGGGCAGAGCCCUGUCUUGGGGAGACCAGAGAACUGGAAGACCCAGCCCCUGCCCUCAAGGAGCUUUUUGUCUUGCCGGGGGAACCAAAGUCACAGCUGCACCAACUCCCGAAGAACCCUCUUUCCGAGCUGCCUGUCGUCAAGUGCAAGCGAGUGGCACUAAGCCUUGAAGAUGAUGGACUGCCUUGAAGAUGGGACCUCCCACUUUGUGCCUCCUGGAGUUCAGUCCCAUGCACUGCUCUCUCUGGAUGAUGUAUGAGUGGUUGGAUGAGUUUCUAUGUAUGGGUCUGUGGGAGUGAGUAUGUAUGUGUGUGUUUAACUUUUAAAAAAUUUUAUGUUGCGGAAAGGUAACCACAAAGUUAUGAUGAACUGCAAACAUCCAAAGGAUGUGAGAGUUGUUAUAUGUAUAAUGUUUUAUACACUUUUUAACGGUUGCACUACCCAUGAGGAAUUCAUGGAAUGGCUACUGAUGAGUGACUAACAUGAUGUACAUAAGCAAACGGGGGCCAAUGGUACAGUACCUUACUCAUUCUUUAAAUACUAUAUUUACAGAGGAUGUUUGAUUUGGGGGGGCUUUUUUAGGUUUUGUUUUUGUAAAUAAAGUGAUUAUGCUUUGUGGCUAUCCAUCAACAUAAGUUAAAAAAAACACUUCAACUCUCUCCCCCAUUUAGAUUAUUUAUUAACAUAUUUCAAAAAUAAGAUUAGUUCUAUAAUUUAGAGAAGUGAAAGUAUUUAUUUUUGGUAUGCUUGGCCCAUCAUGCAGACUAUGUGUGUGUGUUUGUGUAUGUGUGAGAGAGAAAAACCUGUAGAGAAGAGGCACAUCUAUGGCUAUUGUUCAAAUACAUAAAUUUAUUUUAAAACUGUCCUUGAGAAGGGUACUUGCAGUUUUCGGAGAACCCUUGGAAGUGACUCAGAAAACUGAUAACCAUGGUUUGUGCAAACGUGUAGUGGAAGAGGCAGAUCUUUGCACCUGUGGCUGCUGUGACUCCCACCUGGGCUUUCUUUUUUGUGGCUAAAGUCAAUGUACAGAUGCCAUAUUACACAGUGCUAGAAGUUCUAAUCAGAGCAAAAGACAGAACACACCUGCUUCUCAGAACAAGCAAAUCCUUGUUUUAAAGUUCAGCUCUUUGAGUAAUUUCUUUAAUUUCCAUCAGGACACUGGGGUUGAAUCCAGUAGGCUUCCUCUGAAGCUCCCUGAAGCAUGCCAUCCUUACAGAGCUAAGUGGAGAUGUUUCUGGAACAGCCUGGGUUUACUGUACAGACUGGCUCAGACAUCAAAUCUCUGAGACAUGCUGUGGAUAAGGAUAAAGAUGGUGGAAUAGAUUUUAUUACAUCUCCAUUUCUCUCUUCCCCUCACUCUCUGCCAUUUCUUUCAGCUGGGGGAAGCAUUUUAAAGUUAAGAGAUAGGUUUCUUACUAUAUAAAAAGUAAAUUUUGGCUCAAGUCAGAAAAGGUGACCAAACGUGAAGUUAUAUUUGAGGGGAAAUGGCAUAUGCAAUAUUAUAGCAUAUUGGAUAAAUAUGUUCACACAGGGAUUUUAUUGCUUUGUAAAUAAAAGGAAAAACUCUGGGUAUAUGUAUAGAUUUUUUUUUUUAAUGGACACCUUUGCUUUUCCUUGGCCUCAGGUGAGGUGAGGAGAAGUGUGAUUUUCUAUCUGUGGGGUCUACAAUUGGACACAUAAUCCUGCAGUUCCAGAAGGAAUUCAGUUGCACUGGCUUUCUCAUCCAAAAUGUGCUCUUUAACUCUGCUGUUCUGCCACUUCAUUCCUGCUAAACAACCAGGAUGUGUUUGGCUUAAGUAGGAGCAGACGACCUGUAUCUAACCUUAACAUACCUGGAACUUGACAUCCUUAAGCAAUGUGUCCCUCAUCCUACCCUCCAGCACACCCCCAACUCUGAAGCUUGGAUGUCUCACCAGCAUUUUGAAUUUCUGGGCAGACAAUCUGGCACUCUAUCAUCCUGUUCCUAGGACCUUGCUCUACGUCACUGACGGUCUUCUAACCUCUAAGAAAACAACCAUGUUUCAGAACGUCCAGGGCAUUAUGCUUUACAACUUCUUCAUGGUAUACAUGUGUUUGAUGGUCCUGAGCCACUAAUUAAGAGGGUAAAUGCAGCUGACCUAGACCCAUACCAAACAAAAUUUUAAGAACAGGUGGCCAACUCCUAUGGAGCUUAAUCACAACUAUUCUUUCAAGAAUGGAAAGUAAAAUUAUUUUUGACAAAUGAUGAAAAUGAAGACACUGAAAUUUAUAUAAGACAAGUGACUUUUUCUGUAACAUGCCUCCAAAGAAACUGAAUUUCCAAGGGAAAUUAAAUAACUGGCACAGUUUUAAAAUUUUCAGUCUGAUCCUGUCCUUCACAGAAAAGAAAAAAAAAAAAAAAGAUAAUAAGGUCAGGACUUGCAGCCUGAGACCUCAAAGUGAUGAAAUUCACAAUUCUCUCAAGAGACAUUCCUAUUUCCUGAAUAUGCUACAACUGCAGUUUGAAAGAGGCAGCUAUGGGAGAAAUCUACAAGAAACAAAUGGAGAAAUACAUGUUUGGAUUGCAGGAAAUCAGAUGAAAUCAGAGGAGUCAGAUCUACUUUCCUCCUAUUCUUGGAGGCUUUUUGAGCCUUGUUUGAGAUACAGUUUCACUUCCAUUGCUCCCCGCUUCCUCAUGCAUAUGUAUUUACAGCCAACAACAAAUCAUGAAGUCAUUGGACUAUAGAUCUAGAAGAAAGCUAAGAGAUAAUAACAAGAGGGCAGUAGACAAUAUUUCCUUUAUUUUUAAAAAAAAGAAGUUAGCCUAGUCCUUUUCCUCCCUUUCCUUCUCCAAGAGACAUCUCUGGACUCCCUGAACAUUUUUUUCAAACCUGCUUCCAAUCCUGUGGCUGAAUUUCUGGUGGGAUUUGUUUUUGGGAGAAAAGGCCUUCCAUAAACAGGAAAAACCAAAACUUUAUUUACUCUUGAUAGCACAAUUACAUUUAAAACAGAUUGAAAUGAUUGUAACCUCAGCUAGCAAAAAGGAAUUAAGAUUGGAUUUAAAUUUAUGUCAAUUAGUAUUACCUAUCCUUUCAGUUAUCUCUAUGUGAUUGCAGUACAGUAUAUUCAUUUCCUAAAACCACUUAUUAGCUGUCGACAGUAUACCAGGCACUGCAGAUGUGAAGGUUAAAUGUUUCCUUUCCUUACAGAUCUUACAGUAAUGGCAGAGGAAGACAUUUGUGGAUACAAAAAAAGGGAUUCCAUGUAGAGUACUGUUAGGAAACAAAAAAUGGGGAAACAGGGUCAUUCUACCUGAGGAGAGGAAGAAUGGGGUCAUUAUAGGAGAAGUGACCUUACGCUAAGACUUGAAAAUUAAGAAGGGUUGUCUAGGCUACUUCCAGCAGAGGAAACACCGAGCUUUGAAGCAUGAACCAGCAUGGGAACAUUAAGGAACUGCAUGUAGUUCAUUAUAAGUGGAAUGAAAGACUCAAAUAGACUUAGAAAUGAGGCUGAAUGGAAAGACAGGUUCAACAUAAGCACUUUAUAAAAUACUUAUAUUUGAUUUUUUUAUUUAAUCAAGCAAACAUUCUUUGGUCAUUUAUUUUGUACAGGGAACUAAGUGGAACUUAGGAUGUGUUGCCAGCACUUUGCAGGUGUAACAUUCAGCCUCAAGCUUUCCAGUGGCCACAGGGAAAUGUUGGUUGCUUUUCAUAUAUGAGUCAGAUUUCUGAUACAGUUAAUCAAAACUAAUAAAAGGGCAGUGAGAUUUUUACAGAAGCAUGUCAUGUCAAGACCCUAUUAGAUUUUCUUAUCUGUGAGAAAGGAAACUGGAAAUUUGAAUGAAAUAGUCUGGAGAGGGGAUCCCAAUCAUUGUACAGUCAGGCACUAUUGGGAAAUGGGGAGAGGGCCAUUUGGAUCCCCCAGGUAUGUGAACCCCCCUAACUCAAACCAUAUACUCAUCAUUUCACAGAAUAUAAGUGAGUUAGCAGUUUAAAAUUUCAGAAUAAUUUCCUUUAAUAAAUGCAUGAAGAUAGAUAAGCAUCUUCUCACAAUAUAUUUUUAGAGAAUUUUCAGGAUGUGAAGAUUUUAGAAGGUAGAGGAUUACAGUUUCAAAUUUUCAGUUAACUUUAAAAAUCAGGAAACUCUUCACUCAGGCUGUGCACCGUGUGCACAGUCAAGAAUCAGCAGAAACCCUCUGUAUUUGCAAACACUUUGUGCUAUAAAAAGUAAUUUUAAAAAAACCCACCUGUAUAAAUAUAUAUAUAUUUAAAGACAAGGUUUUGAUACUUUUUUACAAAAAUUACAAGAUAAAACAACUGUACAGAUCAUGUGCUUUUAAAACAGCAUUCUGUUCUAUAGAACCUUGUUAAUUUGGGGGUAAAGUACUGGUUUGUAAACUCCAUCCUAUUGUAUACUAAUGGACUUUCCUUAUUUGUCUCCCGCACAACCCCAAAUUACCGUAUUUGAUGUAACAAUCAGGCAUGUUAGAACGUUCGGUCACCCUAAACCGUCACUGCUCUGUCUUGUCUUCUGGAGUUCCGUUAGCUUCUGUACUGGUGCCCUCGGCAGUCUGGCUUCUCUUCCAGGGGCAGAGUGACGGGAGGUGGUGUGCUGCAUCUCACUAGCUGUACUGACAUCAUCUUGGUGAACUGAAAACCAAAUAUCGACAUCUGUAAAAUCAGUACACUUUCUAGAAAGAAAUUAAAUCAAUUUUUUAAAACCUUUAAGUGUUGUUUCAUUGUGAUGUUUUAAUGAGGGGGCUGAACCAUCACUAAUUGAGACCUUAAUGUGUACUAGAAAUUCUACAUAAAUGUCAACCUCAGCAACAACCUUACAAGAUAAUA